AUGGGGCUCCUUCCUCUAACUUACACGCGCCCAAAGCACGUCUCUUCUAGCUCACUUGCCAGUUCAUCUCGCCCCUCAACGGCAAGUGAUGACACCAGCCCUAGUGAUGGUUCAGUCAAGUCUGGCACCUCUGGCAGUUCCAGUGGUAUCCCGGAAUCACUGAGCUUUGACAAGAUCAUCAGCGGUGGCACCUGUCCUCCCAUGACUGUCCGAGAUUUCAUGAACUACCUGGUUUAUGUUGAACAUGCCGCCGAGAACCUCCAGUUCUUCCUCUGGUAUCGCAACUACAAGAAGCGAUUCGGGUCCGCCACCACAAGCGACAUUUCUCUAGCCCCGGAGUGGACUCAGGCUAUGCAGGACGAGGCCGUCGCCAAGAUUCGCAAGGAUAACGUUGACAAGAUGCGCCCCGAGGCCGACGCUGCCAAAAUCUUCCAGGGCACCGACUUUGAGAAGCAAGCUCAAGACCUGCCUCUCCCGAAAGGGAACAAUGAUGCCGACCCGUUCGCCACUCCUCCAUCCAAGUCCAUGGAUAAUGACGCCGCCUCCGUGCAGCACACUGUCUCCACCUCGAAUUCUUCACAACAGCAGCAGGCUGCUGAGGCAUUCCACUCCGCUGGAUUGAAGCAGCCUUUUACCAUCCAGCCAUACCGUGAGGAGAUCAACCGUGUCAUCGCCACCUACAUCAUGGAUGGUGCCCCUCGGCAACUCAACCUCGCCUCUUGGGAGCAAAAGGCCGCUGUUCAGGCCAUGGCCUACACCACCCACCCAUCUGCCCUCCGAGGCCUGAUCAAGACAGUCGAGUCCUCCUUGCGCCGCCAAGCCCACCCCAACUUCGUCCGUUGGUCCAUCUGCAACGGCAACCCCGCCCGAGUGUUCUUUGCUCGAUCUCUCGGGGUCGGCCUGAUCCUCAUCGGCUUCGUCAUGGCCUUUGUCUUGACCCUCAGCAACAUGGGGAGAGGCUACCGCGCUCUGGCAGCCAUCGCGUGGGUCUUGGGCAUCAGCACCCUUGUGGCGGCCUACAAGGGCAUGUGCGUCGUGCUGCACGGCAUGCACCACCACCACGUCCGCCCAUGGGAGCUUUUCGAGCAGGGAGACGACAUUGAGGAGAUCAAGGGCAACCGCAGCAUGGACUCGUUCGGGUCCACCAACAGCUACGAGGAGGAGCCUUGGGUGGUCAAGUAUGAGAAGCGCAACAUUGUCCGCAAGAUCUUUGACCGGGAGAUCUGGAUCGAGGAGCCUGCUCUCCGUCAGAUUCAAGAUACCAUUUUUGUGCAGGCCAUGCUGGCCGCUCUUCUUCUUAGCGGGGUCUUCACUGCCAUCUUUGUCGCUGUUCCCGGAGGCAACUUCUUCUAA